AUGGACGCUCAUAGUCCAGAUCACUCAUUUGAUGAUAGUUUUUAUGGAACCCCUUACCAGUAUCAAUAUCAGUAUCCACAACAACAGCUCCAGCAGCUCCAACAUCAACAACAGCAACAAUUGUAUCAGGAACAGCAACAACAAUAUCAUCACCAACAGUACUAUCAGCAACAUCAGCAACUCCAGCAUCAAGAUUAUGCCCAUUAUCAACAACAGCCGCAACAGCGUCAGCAACCCUGGCAGCCUCAAGAGAUGGCAUUCCAUCAGGUCCAGCCUCAAUUCCAACCUCAUCAAAUUCCAUCUGAUCAAUUCCAGCAUCAUUCCAACCCUCCUCUUGUAAGCUCAGGACAACCUGGAUCUGGAUCUGGUUUCGCUGCUGCUGCCACUGCUGCUGGUGUUGCUCCACCUCCAUCACUUCUUCAUCCAUCGCUUUUGAGCAGCUCCUCGUACUCGUCACCUUCUUCUUCCGCAUCAUCUAUUUCUCAAAAUAACCGCUCAAAUAUGAAUAACCAGUCUUGUACUUCGACUGGGUCUUGUACAAAGUCCAACACCAACUCGGGUUCCAACUCCAAUUCGUCGAGCAGCGCCUCUUCUAUCUCAUCUACACACCAUCAAUUUCCUUCGUAUGGAAGUACUGCUGAUUUCUCAUCGACCUCAGAACCAGUUACUCCUCCUGACAGUAGAUUUGCCAUUUCCAGUUUCACCCCUGGGAGUAUUGGUGGUGGUAAUGGAGGUUCUGGCAAACUGGCAAUUGCAGGUCUUGGCGGGAUCAUGUCCAAUAGUACUUCUGGAAGUGGCAUUCCAAAUGCCAUGUAUAACAUAUUUCCGCUGGCUGGUGGAGAUAACCAUUGUUUUGGUGUUGGCGGACCACUUCUGAGUCCUCAGGAGAAUGGAAGUCGUACGUCUCAUGCUCAAGCACAGCAUGGAUUGAACCUUGCCAAUGUUAACUUGAUGCCUGUGGGCAAUUUGGCCUCACCUCCAAUUGAUCGUGACCGUAUGAAUAAUGGUACUUCUGGAGAUGUCAAUGGGGGUACUGUUGGUGUUGUAAAUAAUGGUUCUCCUGUUGCAUCUGGUUCUGUUAGAGGAACUGGUUCGAUGCCCAUGUCAGUUCCACCAUCGAAAUCAAUGCGCAAUCCUCUUCAUCCACAUGUUAUAACUCCACCAUCUGACUCGAUGUCGACUAUCCAUACCUCAUCAUCGUCGAACACUGUUACUGAGGGGUUUAUUUCGGACUUGAACAGACUGUCAUUGACAUCGAAUGGCAAUAAUGCUCGUUCUAGUAUUGGUGGUUCGUCUUUCCCGUCGUCUCCUGCUCGUUAUUUGUUUGAAGGAGAACUUCAUUCGUAUUCGCCUCCCCCUUCGACUCCUCCAUCUGUUCAUACUAGCCAGACUUCUCAAAAUCAAAGUCAAAAUCAGUCUGUUCUGGCAGGUGCUACUCCAGCGAGUUCUAACGAUGCAAGUGCUAUUUGUUUGACAACUGCUUCGGCAGCUUCUCAUCAAAGAAAACCGUCGUUUUUGCAAGCAGAGACCACUGAUGACAAGUUCCCGAUUCUUGUUCGCAGGGAGAGCAACGGGUUCAAGACAUCACCCUCGGCAGGACACGGCUCAAGACAGUCUGUUUCAGGAGCUUUGGUCGACUUCUUGGAUCCUAGUCCUAUUCUUUUUGAUGGUAAUGGGGUUUCGACCAGCGGAGUUGGUGCUGGAACUCCUGGUACCUCAUCUGCUACAAGUGCGGGUGGGGUUGCUCCAAAUUGGAUAAGUGGAGUUCACAACAGCAUGGCCAAUGGUUUGAAUGGUAGUGGACUUGGUAGUGCAGUGACCAGUUCUGGUUCAGGCUCCAAGUCUAAUUCUUCAUUAUCUGUUGGUGGUGCUAGUGCUUCUGGUCCCUUUAUUCAACACUCGCAAGCUCAACCCCAAGCUGCUCCUCGUAUGGUCUAUUAUACACCACCAAUGAGAUCACCUGCUGCUUCUCAGGGCUCUUACUUUGACAGAGGUCUUAUUACUGAGAACUCGAACUAUCGCAUGAUGAAUCAGGCAGUGUUGAAUGAAACAAUUCCCGUAUCGUCUAUGACCUUGCCACCAUUGCUUAGCGAGAAUGCUCAACCAGCUUCAGGAAUCCUGCCAGUGACAGUCGAGACGUCUUUGCCCAUGCGAAACAACCCCGCAGUAUCAAUUGCCACCACCACCAAACCGAAUGGUCACGAAGCUCUCCGUAUUAUCCAGAAUCCAUCUGCUGUCAAUAACUCUGCUAGUAGCGGAACUGGCCACGCUAGUGCUGGUACUAGUGUUGGCGGUAAUGGUGCUUCAAAUGUUGGUUCGAACAGUGGAUCUCGUUCAGGACGUCAAGUCAAGUCAUCUGCUGCUGCUGACCACGAACUGAACAGAUAUGCACAUGCUUCACUAGAAAGUAUGAAGGAUGAAAUCUAUUCUCUUUGUAAAGACCAGCAUGGAUGCCGGUUCUUGCAACGUAAACUGGAAGAGAAGAAUCCAGGAUACUUGAAUAUGAUUUUCAAGGAGACAUAUCCUCAUGUUGUUGAGCUCAUGACUGAUCCAUUUGGAAACUACUUGUGUCAAAAGCUGCUUGAAUAUGCCACAGACGAGCAAAGAACUGUGCUUAUGAGAACCGCAGCACCUGAUUUGGUGGCUAUCGCCUUGAACCAGCACGGAACACGGGCUUUACAGAAGAUGAUUCAGUACAUCAACUCCAGUGAGCAGGUUGAUAUGAUAGUUGCUGCAUUGAAAUCCAAUGUGGUGAAGUUAACACAAGACCUGAAUGGAAACCAUGUGGUUCAGAAGUGUUUGUACCGAUUGUCACACGAGGGAUCACAGUUUAUAUAUGAUGCGGUUUGUGAAAACUGUGUGACUGUUGGCACUCACAAACACGGAUGCUGUGUAUUGCAACGAUGUAUUGACCACGCAUCGCCCGAACAAAAGAAGCAGCUAGUCAAGGAAAUCAUCAAGAACGCAUUCACCCUUGUACAAGACCAAUUUGGUAAUUACGUGGCACAAUACGUGCUGGACCUAGGAAACAAGGAGUUUUCAGAACCCAUGAUCCACCAAUUUGCGGGCAAAAUUUGUAUAUUAUCUGUACAGAAGUUUUCGUCGAAUGUUAUUGAAAAGUGCCUGAGAAUCGCAGAGCCAGAAACCGCCAGUUUGUUGAUUGAAGAAUUGGUUCGUUCGCCCAAACUCGAUGAGUUGUUGCGCGACUCGUACGCCAACUACGUGAUUCAGACGGCUCUAGACUACGCUCAACCGGCAGUCCGUCAGCGACUAGUCGACAACAUUCGCCCCAUUAUACCCUCUAUCCGCUCGACACCGUAUGGUCGACGCAUCCAAUCGAAACUUUCCAGUGGCCAAGCCGCCAGUUCCGGAUCAGUGACACCGUCUGCUGCGCAGACAAGUCAGGAAUUCACCUCGCCCGUGGGCGAUUUUGAAUGGCCUUAUAGAAGCUAA